AAACAAAAAAAAACUUGAAUUUUUAAAAUAUUAAAUAAAAAAUGCGAAUAAAUCAAGAAAUACUAACAGAAAUAUCUAAUAAUGGAAAAUCUAGUAAAGAAGGUGUUAUGUUUUAUAAAUCGAAUGAAUCAGGUUAUAAACAAAGAUGGUUUAAAUUAUGUUCGAAUCUAUUGUUCAUAUAUAAUACUGAUAUUAAUCCAUCAAUCAAUGAUUAUAAUCGUAUAAAUCCAUCCUAUGUAUUUGUAAUGGAAAAUUUUAUCAUUCAAACCGAUUCUAAUAUGCCUAAUAAAUUUUUAUUUUAUUUUAUAGCCGAACCAGAUGUAAAAUAUUGUUUCUUUUGUUUGAAUAGUCGUCAAACAAAUGAAUGGUUAGAAUUAUUUAAACAUUUAUCAUAUCGUAAACAACGUAUAUAUCUAAAUCAAUUACGAACAAAAUUAAAAACAAUAACAGGUAUUGAUCCAUUAGAAUCGACACCUUGGUCGGAUAAAUUAUGAUUUUUAAUUUUCAAUUACAAAA